CGCCCCGGCCCUGCUGCCCGCGCUUCAUGGCUGCGCACGAAUGGGACUGGUUCCAGCGCGAGGAGCUCAUCGGACAGAUCAGCGACAUCCGAGUCCAGAACCUGCAAGUUGAGAGGGAGAAUGUGCAGAAGCGGACUUUUACUCGAUGGAUAAAUCUGCACCUGGAGAAGUGCAACCCACCUCUAGAAGUUAAAGAUUUAUUCGUUGAUAUACAAGAUGGCAAAAUCCUGAUGGCUUUGUUAGAAGUCCUGUCUGGGCGAAAUCUGCUGCACGAAUACAAGUCCUCAUCCCAUCGUAUUUUUCGGUUGAACAACAUAGCGAAAGCGCUUAAGUUUUUGGAAGAUAGCAAUGUGAAACUGGUCAGCAUCGACGCGGCAGAAAUAGCAGAUGGCAACCCCUCUUUGGUUCUUGGGCUGAUUUGGAACAUCAUCCUCUUCUUCCAGAUUAAAGAACUCACCGGCAACCUCAGCAGAAAUUCUCCAUCUUCCAGCCUGUCACCCGGCUCGGGGGGCACAGACUCAGACUCCUCCUUCCCACCCACGCCCACUGCAGAGAGGAGUGCGGUGAUAUCGGUGAAAGACCAGAGGAGGGCCAUCAGGACACUGUUGACAUGGGUGCAGAGGAAAACAAGGAAGUAUGGCGUGGCGGUGCAGGACUUUGCAGGCAGCUGGAGAAGCGGGCUGGCUUUCCUGGCAGUGAUCAAGGCCAUCGACCCCAGCCUGGUCGACAUGAAGCAGGCGCUAGAAGACUCCAUGCGGGAAAAUCUAGAGAAGGCUUUCAGCAUCGCUCACGACGCCCUUCACAUCCCCAGGCUCCUGGAGCCAGAAGACAUCAUGGUUGACACGCCAGAUGAGCAGUCCAUCGUGACUUACGUGGCUCAGUUUCUAGAACAUUUCCCGGAGUUGGAAGCCGAGGAUUUUGCGGAUUCCGACAAAGAAGCCCCUAUUGAAUCCACCUUCGUCCGCAUCAGAGAGACCCCUUCUGAACAAGAGAGCACCGUCUUCCUUCUGACUGAGAACGGGGAGCGUGCCUACACCGUCAACCACGAAACGAGCCACCCGCCACCCUCCAAAGUCUUCGUCUGUGACAAGCCUGAGGGCUUGAAGGAGCCCUGCGUUGCCAGCCGGGAGCUGGCAGACAGCUGCUCUGAGUUCACGCACGAGAUCGUUGACCAGGUUCUCCACGGGGUCCCCGGGAAGAUCAACAGCACCGGCGAGCUGGCUCUAGAAUCUUCCAUCUUAUCAUCCAGAAAGGACAGCCAGAGGUCCACCUCUCUGCCAAUCAAGAAAACUGUGCACUUUGAGGCUGACACCUACAAGGAGGCCUCCUGCAGUAGGGACCCUUUCCACAGUCCAGACCUUCGCUUCAAAGGAAGCCCAAGAGAGACCAAGGAGUUGUCCAAGCAGGACGGACAGGUCUGGGCGGCUGAGGUUGCCGAGGAAACACCGAAACAGGAGGCCCCGGAGGUCCUGGAAGCAGCCUCCAGUGAGGCCCCCAGCGACGUGUCUUCAGUGGACGAUAAGGUCAGUCAUCCUCCGACUUCCCAGACCUCUCCCUCCUGGAAUGGGGCGUCGGAGAGGGCAGCUGGCCCAGGGGAAGAGGGCCGUUCCCCGUCAUCCCUGGGAGAGGAUACCGUUGUGGCCGAUUCCAUGGAGAUCGAGGUUAAGGUGCUGACUGUCGAAGCUAUGGAUAAGGAAGACCCUUUCGAAGGCAUACCAUUAAAAGCCUCGAAAUUUAACAGCAACCUCGUAGGUUUUCCCUCCACCAGCCAGGCUUUCCACGAGGUUCCUUCGCCUCAUGAGAAAAAGCCUGCCGAGGAGGAGGUGUCCGAGGACCGUGCUGAGAAGUUGCGUAAAAGGAGAGGUAAAUCUGCCCACAGGAAGACAGAUUUGGAUGAGCCCCCCGUGAAGCCCAACCAGCAGGAACCUCACGAGGACCCUGGACCAGAAGACCGAGGCUCUUCUUUGGAGGCACCGGUGGAUAAAAAGCCAGAAGUGUAUGAAAAGGCCAAGCACAAGUCCCCCCGGCGCCGUCGGGGUGAGGAGGAAGGGGAAGCCGAGGGCCCACGGGGCCUUGGGGGAGAGUUGCCUUCCAGUCCAGCCAACAGCAGCCGCAGCUUGGAGACCCUCCGCAGCCCCAGCGACGAGGGCCUGGAUUUCGAGCCGUCUCCACCGCCCUCCAGGAUCUCCAUCAUCCCCCACGACCUUUUCUACUACCCGCAUUACGAGGUCCCCCUGGCUGCGGUUUUGGAGGCUUACGCAGAAGGCGUGGAGGAUUUGAGAAACGAAGAAGUGGACCUCGAAGAGCCAGAGGGGUAUCUGCCGGACGCGGGGGCCGGGGAGGCCGAGGCCUCCCAGAGCAGCUGCAGCUUCGCCGGGCGGGGCAAGGGCCACCCCCAGGCCAGCGUCGCGGAGGAUGCCGGACCAGCCUCGGAACCCAGCCCCCCGUCCCCGCAGGAGGACCACCAGCCAAGUGAGGAUGCAGAGAGUGUCCCCAUGCAGGGCCACCAGUGCCAGGAGUUUCCAGACUCGGAAAACUUAGCAAACCCAUUAGAAGAAAAGGUAAUGGAAGAACCGAUCAGCACUAAAAAAAAGGAAAAAAGAAAACAUGUGGACCACGUAGAAAGUUCAAUAUUUAUAGCACCCGGAACUGUUUGCUCCUCAGAUGACCUGGAAGAAGACACCUGUGACCACAAAGUCCUUUCCAGGACAAGUCACAGUGACUCCAGCAUUUACGUUCGACGGCAUGCUAAUAGGUCUUUGGAACCGGAUCAUUUUAGCCAUGUUCAGUUGAGGAACGCAGCAGAUCAGGAUGACAGAAGAAACCAAAUGUUAACCAGGUACAAUACUCAGAAGCUCACUGAGCUGAUGUUACAGUUUUAUGACAUCAGAACAGACAUGAAGAGGGAAUGCACACAUGCCAGGAUGUCUAUGAAAGCCAACAGCUCGGGCGAAGCCAGGACGCAAGAGACCCACAGCCCAGAGAGCGACUCGCUGAUGCAGUUCGUCCAGCAGCCAGACGUGAUGUACUUUAUCCUCUUCCUCUGGCUCCUGGUUUAUUGCCUGCUGGUCUUCCCCCAGCUGGACCUCAACGGACUCUGAUGCAUGCGUCUGCAUAAUAAAAAGACAGGAUCCUG